CAGCAUGACUUCUUCCCUCAGCUGCGUUGAUCCGGGUGCCUGGAGGUCUGUGGGUGUCACUCCUGGAAACACCCCACCUUCUGAGACCGUCCCCCCCUGAGGUCUCCUUUGAUUGGAAAGGAUCAAAGAUCUGCAGGUGGUAGGGGUCCCCCAAGAGAGGAACCUGUGGAAUUACACCCCAGCUACCCCACUCCUGCCCCAGGGAUUUCCAUCUCACCCCCCUCCUCCCUGGAUCCCCAGCCCUGGUCUUGGGCCACCUCUGACAGCCUUGCCUUUAUAAAUCCUCCCACCCCAUCCCCAGCUUGGUGGGUUUAUGCGGAGACAAUGAGGUGUGAACGCUCCAAAAGAGAGGUCAGCCCCGUCCCCACUCAGGGUCAGGGACGCGUCCUUCCUUCCAGAGACAGCCAGGUAGCUGCAUGGCCUCACCCCAAGAGCCCAGGGGAAGAAAGAAAUUACUAAGUUGCUGGUAACCUCAGCUGUCUUUAGGGCAGAGUUCUCAGCCAUCACCAGGCCCAUCACCCCAGGGGAGGCUGGAGGGGAGGCCUCCCAAGAGUAGCAGCCCCCCCAAUGACCUGGCUGGUGUGAGUGGGCUGUGAGUGCCCCCUGCAGCCAUCCUGUCUCCCUGACCCCCUUAGGACUCCCUGUGGCCCUGGCACAGCCCCCUGCAACUUUAGGAGCCGCCCCCAGCCCUUCCUCCCCUCCCAGCCCUCUCCUAGGUAAAAGGAGAGAAGCAGCCCAGACUCUGAGGCCCCAAGGCUUGGUAGAAGAGGAGGGAGGGUGGAGGUCAGGGCUGAGCAAGGAGCCUGGGCCAGGCAGGCUUUUUGCCCUCGGCCCUUGCUUAGCCCUUGUGCACCAGCUAUGGGCACUUUUGACCUGUGGACAGACUACCUGGGGCUGGCACACCUCAUCGGGGCUCUCCGUGGGGAAGAGGAGCCUGAGGCCAGGGUGGACCCCCACCCUGAGCUUCCGGUGACCACAGCUCCAGAACCAGAGGGCCCCAAACUGGGCCCAGAACCCCCAGCCGCCCCUGAGCGCCUGUGCUCCUUCUGCAAGCACAACGGCGAAUCACGGGCCAUCUACCAGUCCCACAUGCUGAAGGAUGAGGCAGGCAGGGUGCUGUGCCCCAUCCUGCGUGACUACGUGUGUCCCCAGUGUGGGGCCACCCGGGAACGCGCCCACACCCGCCGCUUCUGUCCGCUCACCGGCCAGGGCUACACCUCUGUCUACAGCUAUACCACUCGCAACUCAGCUGGCAAGAGGGUGUCCCGGCCUGACAAGGCGAGGAUGCAGGACACCGGCCACCACUGCCGAGUAGGAGGUGGUGGAGGAGGAGGAGGAGCAGCAGCAGCAGCAACAGCAGGUUCCAAAGUUGCCGGGAAGGUGGCUGCACCUUCGCUGACCGCCUGCUGUCCCACCACAUCCGCCUAGGAUUCUGGCACAGGAAAAGAACGCUGCCUCCAUCACACGGACCCCGGCUCGGCAGGGGCGGGGCUUCGGGAGGUCCGCCCCCGAGGGCCCCCAGGACUCACCUCUGACCCCGCCCUGCGCAGCACCCCUGCAGCGUGGAGCAAUUAGGCUCCACCCACUCAGCGCUCAAUAAAUAUCCCUUCCAACCUG